GUUUGUAACAUUUUUAGGGAGCCUAAAAAUAUAGCAUCCAUUUUCUAUUUGUAGUCCAUUUCAAAAAAAAACGAAAAUAGCGCAUAGAAUUAUCAUUCAUAAUCUGACAUACAAUAAGCAUAUAAGUAGUACAUAUUUGGAAGAGUACACAUUGAAAGUUUUGUAUAAAUAUGUUAUAAAUACAUGUUUUCCUCAUUAGUUUCCUGAAGCACAUGCAAUAGUUUCAAUAAAAUACUGUGUCUGUCUUGUUACAAAAUGAGAAAAAUGGCUUCUAAAUUUUUUUAUGGAAAUAAUUGGAAAACAAAAAUUUUCUUAUUGAUUAAAAUGGUGUUUUAUUCGGCUAUUUUAUCGAUUUUUAUUAUUUUGUUAUUGUUGUUAAUAAAAGUUAUUUGUUACCGUCGUGAGUGGAAUUGGAAUGAAGAAACUAUGUUCACAAAUAUUAAUAUCACAAUGUCCAAUGAGAAGACAGGCCGUAGGUUCAUGGUGCCUCUACAGCGAAGUACUUGUUUCCCCACACAAGCAAACAUAACUUAUGACGAGAAUUAUCCUGAUGUAUUUGAUUGGAGAAGUAAAGGCGCUGUGAGUCCAGUGAUAAACCAAUUGCAAUGCAAUGCUUGUUGGGCGAUCAGUAUACUUGGAAUUAUGGAGUCUAUGGUGGCCAUAGACCAGCUGAACAGGGGCGUUUUCCAUGAGGUCACUACACUCAGUGUUCAGGAGAUGAUAGACUGCUCCUACCGUAAAGGGUGUAUAGUGGGAGACCCUCGGUCGGCAGUCGAGGAUAUGAUGGACAGAAACAUGAGCAUCGUCUCAGAGGAAGAAUACCCUUUGACCUUGAGGCAGGAGGCCUGCAGGUUACCACAAAAUAUUCGCCCCAAGGGAGUUAUGGUCAAAAGUUUUCAAGUUGCUUGCUAUGUGACACCAGAAUAUAUCAUGUCCCGUGUGUACCACCACGGUCCUGUUGCCGUCACGGUGAACGCUGCUCAGUGGAUAUUUUAUACUGAUGGCAUCAUAACAAGGAACUGUCCAAACGAAGUCCCGUCCAACCAUGUUGCACAAAUAGUUGGUUACGACAAAUCCGGACAAAUUGCGUACUAUAUUGUGAAGAAUUCUUGGGGUGCGGACUUUGGCAUCGGGGGGUAUGUGAAAGUGGCCAUGAGACAAAACUUAUGCGGCAUUGAAGAAUAUGUCACGUCCGUUGAUGUCAGGAGUUAUGGUUUAAGUAAUCAAUUUGUUUAAUAAGAUAGAUGACAAGAAGGUCAAAGAAUUCAGAAAUUUGACUUUCACAGGCAUUUGUUCACGUCAAAUUUUAGCUAUUUUUCAAAAAUCCACAAAGUACUGAUAUUUCGUAACGUUAUUGCUGAGAAGAAAUGCCAAAAGAUCAUUCCGAAAGUGCUUACCAUUAUUGUUUUUCAGAAUAUUUUAUUCUGAAACACCUUCAGCACAUUUUUAUGUCAAAUUUUAUAUUAUUUAAUAAUAUAGAUAAAGAAAAGAAUAAAUACCAUAGAUAAAAUUAAUAUAUUUAUUUUAUCUAUGAUAUAUACACAUGAAAUUAGAUUCGCGAGUAAAUUUAGUUGUUUAUAUUGUUCGACUCGACGACUAUGUUUGGAAUUAAAGGAAACUAAAUUCUAUGUAUAAUAAAACAUUUUUGUAUUAUUUAAUAAUUAUUGUGUAAUUUAUAAACACUAGGUUUUUA